AUGCUGCGCGCGACAAGGAAACGUGAGACGUCCGAACGAAAGUUGCCAAAUCCAGCUACGGACUUCCAGCUGGAGCAGCGCCCCCUCGCUUUCGUGAGACACUUUCACUGCUGUGCCCAGAAAGCGGCGGAGAGCCGUGCGAGGUUUCCAGGGCGCAAAGAAGAUGGAGUGGGCCAUUUGCAGUCUUGCGGGGACAAGUUAAACGACGGGCAACAACGAACUCGCAGGGAGAGCAAGCGGCCGGUGGCGUCAGUGGACAGAAGCGUUCGGCAGCAGUACUCGUUUGUCGCGCGGUAG